AUGGCUACGCCCGAGAGCGUCGCCGACCUGUGCCUCCCAGCCGCCUGCUUGAUCGCGGCCCUCGUCCUCCUCUACCGCUAUGUGAUAUACCCCGCCGCCUUGUCGCCACUUGCCAGGGUGCCGGCCGCCCACUGGUCCUGCUCGUUUUCGCCCGCGUGGAUCCUGUGGGCGCGAUUCGACAGCCGCGAGAACCACACGCUGCACGCCGCGCACCGACGGCUGGGGCCGGUCGUCCGCGUUGGCCCGAGCGAGCUGAGCGUCGACAGCGUCGACGCUGUCAAGACCAUCUACCAGGGCGGCUUCGACAAGCACCCGUGGUAUUCCGUCUUCGAUAACUACGGGGUCCCCUGCACGUUCUCCGCCGGCCAGGCGAAGUCGCACUCGCUGCGGAAGCGCAUGGUGUCGCACGUGUAUUCCAAAUCGUACCUGCACACGUCGCCGGCGCUCGCCGCUCAGGCCCGCGCCAUCGUCAACGGCCGGCUGCUGCCGGCGCUGCGCGGCGCGGCGCGGGGCGUCGACGUGCACUCGCUCUUCUGCGCCGCCGCCAUGGACUUCAUCGCCGCGUACUGCUUUGGCGUGCGCCGCGCCACCGACUUCAUCCGCUGCCGCGCCCGCCGCGAGCACUGGCUCGCCCUGUACACGACGCGCAAGGGCUACGGCUUCUUCGCCCAGGAGCUGCCCGCGCUCGAGCGCGCGCUCGGCCGGCUCCGCCUCGCCCCGACCCCGUCCUGGGUCCGCGCCGCCAACCGCGAGCUCGAGGCCUGGUGCCGGGCCAUGAGCGACGCUGCGCUGCGCUGCCUCGACGACGAGGACCGCUCCGCCGCCCCAUCCUCCGCCGGCACCGCUGACGACCCCGUUGUCGUGCGCGCGCUGCGCGCCGGCAUCGCCAAGGAGGCCCGGACGCGCGGCCCGGCUUCCCCGCUCUACGCCACCGCCGUCCAGCAGCGCGACCUCUCCGUCGCCUCCGAGACCCUCGACCACAUCCUCGCGGGCCAGGAGACGACCGGGGUCGCGCUGACGUACCUCUCGUGGCACCUCUCGCAGUCGCCCGCACUCCAGCGCGAGCUGCGCGCCGAGCUGCUCUCGCUCGCGCCGAACAUGCGGAUCCCUGACGGCGGCCGACGGGACAGGGUCGCGCUCCCGGACCCGAAGCAGCUCGACGCGCUGCCAAUCCUGCACGCCGUCAUCACCGAGACGGUGCGGCGGUACGCCCCCGCAGGCGGCCCCGAGCCCCGGGUCACGCCCGCGCCCUCGUGCCGCAUCGGCCCGUACGAGGUCCCUGCCGGCGUCCGGGUCUCGGCUUCCGCGUACAACCUCCACCGCAACGAGGCCGCGUUCCCCGACCCCGAGACCUGGGACCAUACGCGGUGGCUGCGGGCGGGCGCCGCUGCCGCUGCGGAACUCAACGGCGACCGCGGGGAUGGUGACGGCGACGGGGAGAAGAACAUCUAUCGCCACUUCUGGGGCUUCUCCAGCGGUGGGCGAAUGUGUCUCGGCUCGAACUUUGCGAUGCACGACAUGAAACUCAUCGUCGCCGCCAUCUACUCCAACUACGUGAGCCGUGUCGUCGACGACACCGGCAUCGAGCAGACCGACGCGUACACGGGACACCCCCGCGGCAACGCGCUGUACCUCGCCUUCGAGCGGGUCGUCUGA